UGGUUUAAGUUUUUCAUCCAACAUUUAGAUGUUAGACAACCGCUGAUGACGGACAGCGGCGUCUAAGAAUGACUGUUCGUCCUGCGCCACAGUAAAUCUCGCUCUUGUUCUGCUGAUGCGAGUGUUUAGUUUUGGUGAAUGAGUCAGAUCCUGCCCGGAUGUUUCUGAACUGGGUCGGAGGAAACAAUUACACAAUGACUCUUCCUGAUGGCGCGUGAAGUCAACUACGAUUGUGCUUCCUCUCCAUGUGUUUGCGUGUGAUCUGCACCAUGUUUGUCAACGUACGCAAGAUGGUGUCCAUUUUCGAAAGCAAAAAACAGCCUCGUCCUCUGUCACUCCCUCCGUGUGAACAAACACAGAGAGAGAACGAGAAAACAAGCCUGACCUCGGAGCCCCGCCCCUCCUCGCUGAGCCCCGCCCCCUCAGCUGUGGUUCAUAGGCCACGCCCCCACGCAGGAGAACGAGUGCGAGACGCCGGAGGAGUUCGAAGGGUUCGGGAUUCUUGGCCGACGGGGAAGAUCGAUUACUAUCCGAGGGCCAGUCGCUUGGCGGUUUCCAUGGAAACCAAAGAGCCAAUCAGCAGCAAGCACUCGCCACGUGUACCAUCCAAAAACACAAUUUCUGGCCUCGGAACAUCGUCCAUGCCAAAACAAGAGCAAAUGUGUUCAUCCAAACCCAGCUUCUCAUGCACAGAAACACACAUAGCUCCACCUGCUGGUCAGAUCCCAGAAAAUAAUCCCGGAUCGUCCUGCGUUAGCGAUCGGAAAUGUCAGAAUCCCGUUUGGAGUUCAUUGUCUUCCUCUGUGAGAGCAGAAAGGGGCGGGGCUAAUACUCACACACGGAAGCCACUCCCCUCUGACUCCACCCUCCUUUCCCUCCUGCUGUUCUUCCACAGCGGAACUAACAGCAGCAUGAUCGCCAUCGACAACAAGAUAGAGCAAGCCAUGGACCUGGUGAAGUCUCACCUGAUGCUGGCGGUUCGAGAGGAGGUGGAGGUGAUGAGAGAGCAGAUCAAAGAGCUGUCGGAGAGAAACGCUGAGCUGGAGAGAGAAAACUACAUCCUGCGAGCGCUCCGGGACAGAGACUGAGACAAGUGCAUCAUGGGAGAUGUAGUUCAGCGUGAAAAGGGAUGGUUAAACGUGUGCAGUAUUGAGCGAUGAGUGCCUUAAAACGCAGUAACAACUAAUCAAGAAAUUAUUCAAUAAUGUUGAUGACGCCCUAAACAGUGCCUAUAUUUAUUACUGUCAGUGUGUGUGUGUGAGAGAGAGAGAGAGCGUGUGUGUGA